UAUUAAUAUUAUUCAUUGGGAAAACGCAACGCAAAGCCACAACCAACCCAGCAAAGCAACAGCAGCAGGGAUUGAAAGCGAGAAUUCGAAAUGGCGCCCAGGGCCACCAAGCGAAAGGCGAUGGACGGCGACGGCGACGGCGACCAACCCAAGCCUCAAGUUCAGGAGACGUUAAAAAGAGUGACUAGGAGCAUGGCAAAGCAGCCGCACCCCGAGUCUCUGCCCACCAAGGAGAAGCCAAAAGCAAAGGCCAAGAGGCAGAAAAAAUCUGCAAAUGAGGAUGGAGCCAAAGCCGAAGCUGCGCCUGAGGAGUUGGCCGUCGCUGACGGUGGGUCUCACAACAAGACUGUAGUGGUUGAACACUGCAAGCAAUGCAAUUCAUUCAAGACAAGGGCCUUUCAAGUCAGAGAUGGUUUGGAGAAAGGUGUCCCAUGGGUCAAAGUGUUGCUCAACCCUGAAAAGCCAAGAAGAGGUUGCUUUGAAAUCCGAGAGGAAGGUGGCGAGACCUUCAUAAGUCUGCUGGACAUGAAGAGACCAUUUAAACUGAUGAAGGAGCUUGACAUGGAGAAGGUAAUCUCGGAUAUCAUUGAGAAGAUUAAAUGAGGUGACCCUGGGUGUGUAGACAUAGAAGCCUAGUUCUGAUUGUUUUGCCUGAUUAACUAUCUUGUGUUGGUAAAAAGGGAAAACAUCAUUUUGUGGAUUAUCAUCUUAAUUUUGCUGACCAUUCAUGCAAUGCUGUCAAGUCAAGAAUGAUCUUAGGCAGGGUGUGCUUGUAGUUGUAAGCUAGGUUAUUAUAAUGACUUACUCUCUUGUCUCUGUUCUCAAGUCUUGCUUUUGCUAAAUGUGUUGUAUGAAAAAAUUUCUAGUUGUGAUCUGA